AUGGAUCAGAGUGUAGCAACUCCAUCUCAUGUGCGGAAUGCGCUGUUGACUGAAAAUGGCCCGCUCACGCCUCCAAAUACUGCGACCGCCCGCCCACCGCCACUCGGAGCAGGCGCGGGAGAUGCUCGAAUUUCGAUUUCCACUUUGAGGAGGGUUAGCAGUGGCCGUGGCGAUCUCUCAUCACAAGAACCUUGCGACCAGCCCGAGAACGCGCCUCAUGUUUACAUGAGCGAGUCUAGCGAUUCCGAACAGACCAUUGUCCUGCCGGCCAAGAAGAGAAAAGAGCAGCAAAUGACUGCUGAUUUUAGAAGCAACACCGAGAAUGGAGAUGGCGGCAGAGCCAACGGCGCGAUGUUUACGCUCGCAGGCGUGGAGGAUCCGUUUGGCCCCGACAAUGUGCUUGCUGGUCCGAAAAGACCUGCAUCUAUGAUCGCUGACGGCUUGGCUGAGCGCCAGCAGGGUGGGAACAAACAAGUCGCUGGCCCAUCAGCGAAUGCGAUCCAGCCUGCCACUUCCAAGAAGGCCAAAAAGGGAGGUUGUAUCUACAUGCCAAGCCCAACCUCUCAACAUCCUCACACAGCUCGGCCUGGAGACCUGCAAGGCUUCCUGCCGUCCCAAAUGGUGAACGGCUCUUCGCCACUUCCUGCAAAUAACAAGUUCGCAUCCAGACCCGGACAAGACUCAGGCUCGCCGAACAAGCGACGAGAGCAAGCUCCCGACCAAAAGAACUCCUUUCCAAACAAACAUCAUGUGAGAAAUCCUGAGCAAAACCUUCGCUCACCGGCGGAUCUGGAGGACUCGGAAGAGCACUCAGCAGUUACGGACAAGGCCCGCGAGGCAAUCCAGCGACGAGCAAAACAGGGCACCCUCUUCGCCACCAUGCUGGCGCGUUCAAACGCAUACACCACCAUGCUCAAAGAAGCCGAUGUCGACACAUCCCACCACCUGAAACCCCCGAAAUCCCCGUUCCGCACGACCAACGACCCCUUCAUGGGCGCCCCAGACCCUUACAUCCGUCCCGGAGGAGGCGUCGACUAUAUGAAUACUGCGAAGAAAUGCAGCCCGAUCAAGGAUAUCUAUGUUCCCCCCGCGCUUCCUGCGACGACCUACACUGGCUUUAGGUUUGGGGAUCUGAUGCCUAGCGCCUCGUCUGAGGCGAUGAACGCCGGGCUUCGGGAGCGGAACCCCCACCUUCGCUGGGUUAAUAGGGGCAGAGAGCGAUAUCUUGUUGAUACUACCCCGUAUCGGUGGCUCGGUACGGUGAAGGACACGGAUUCUUCUAGGUGGGGUACGGAUGACUCUGCGGAGUCUGGUGAGGCGGGCGGCGAGCCUGGUGACAGACACGACUUCGAUGGCGACGUUGCUGAGGUUGUGGGUGGUGUUGAUGAUGGAGAGGGAGAGGGUCAGAGUGGCGGUGAUGGCCAUGACGGUGUCACUGUUGAGGCUUAG